ACUAAUAGACAUUAGCAUGACGAUAGAUAUACAACGACAUCCAAUUAUACCCAAAUGUAUGUUUGUCGAAAUGAUCGCGACAUAUGCCGCGAUAGACACCGUCUUAACCUUGCAUUAUUCCAAUCAUACUACCCACACGACAUUAGAUAAAGUUCUUGAAUCAGCCACGUCGUUGCUAAAGAGAAAGAUCACUGUAACAGAUCUAGAACAGAUCUUUUACAUCGAUCUGAAUGCAUAUCAUGUUUUCGUGAAUAGUGAGAACUCUGCAACAUAUAUCAAGUUCCCUCAUAAUGUAUCGUUGAUCCACACCACACGAAAGCCCAAGUUUAUCAGCCAGGUAAAUCAAUGGAUCCGAGAUAAUCCCAGCCAAGACCUAUUGGGAAGCAUAGAAUUAUCAAGCAUAAUCAAACACGAACCCAGAUCGAGGCCAACGCUGCCUAGCAAGAUCGUAAAACCCAAAUCAACCGGUUCUUCACCUAUAAAAAUUUCACUCACCGAGUUGAAGAACGAUUCAUCAAAGUUUAAAUUCAAAUCAAAGGAAGAACACACAGAAAAACAGAAAAAUAACGGCAUGUCGCUCCUUGAGAGAAUUCGAUUGAAGGAGAAGUUGAAACGGGAACAAGAAGCAGACGUGGCAAAUUCUUCAGAAGUCAAGUAUGAAAAGUAUCUCCUCCAAAAAGUCCAAAUGGUUUACGAUGUGAUCUUCCAACUUUACAACUCACAUUUAGAAUCCUCCACCCAGUGCAAAUCAUUUUCAUUAACUAAAUUAACACAAACGAUCAUUGAUAGUUCAUCAUACCCAUUAGAUCCCAAGGAAGUAAAGGAUGUGGUUAGCUUGAUUCACAAUAAAUUGCAAGCCAAUUCAAGUGAAUCCAAAUUUUCCAUAAUCGACUCAAAAGGAAUUCAAAUUGUCAAAGUGUCGAACUUAAAUCGAACGCAAGACCUCAAAAUAUUACACUAACUGUAUUACUAUAUAUAGUGUUUACAUAAACAACUAAAAGUUUUCG